AUUGGUCCUCGGUGCGUCCGAGGAGAUCACGACGAGAGAAAAAAUAAGAAGGGGAAAAAAAAAGCCCACAAAACACAGUCGAUGUGCAAAAGUGCCGACAAACGACGAGUUCGCCUCGGAGCGGACGGACACACCGGGGACGUGGUGCCGGGUCGACGGGAGAGGAUUACCGCAGAGGCGAAGCACCAGCUGCGACUCUCCGGAUUAUAACCCUCCGCUCGCCGGGGACAGGAGAGAAAAAAGGGAAAACGAGCGACGCGUCGCGGACGGUUUCCUCUCCUCCUUUUCUCCUCCUCUCCUCCUCCUCCUCUUCUCCUCCUCUCGGUCCGGGGAGGGUGAGGUGAGGUGAGCGCGGGGGGAAGUUGGGAGCGGGACGCGGGACCUGCGGCGGGGCCGGGACGGACGAUCUGGAUGAUGUCGAGUGAAUGACAAAACUUCGCGGUCGAUGUCGUUUUAGACGGAGUCGGAUUGUGCACAGCGGAGGUCGACCCCCCCCCCCCCUCCUCCUCCUCCCCCAGUCAGUUCGUUUAAACCCCGCGACAGCGACUCGAUUCACCGGAUACUCUUGAAGACGAAGGAGGAGCGGGUCGGUUCCGGUCGUGGUUCCGGUCGUGGCUCGCGCCGAUGCCCACGGCGGACUGCCGGCUGCUCCAUCAUGGCCGGAUCAUGAGGUGUCUGACCUAUCUGCUGCUUCUCCCCGACACUCUGAAGAAGUCCAACAGGAAGGUGGGCCAGCUGCCCGGCAGGCUGCAGCCGCUGUGCUAUGAGAUCCUGACGCUGUCCCUGACGAGCAAGAAGAGGCAGCACCGGGAGAGGAAGGACGAGCAGCAGCGGGAGAACAUGGCCGCGGAGCUGUGCCCCGCCGACAGCACCGCCAACAGCGGCAGCCUGGCCAACGGCACUACGGUGGCGGACGGCGACAAGAGCAAGGCGGCGCAGGUGAGCCAGGCCGCCGGUGGAGGAGGAGGAGGAGGGGGAGGAGGAGGAGGGGGAGGCAGCAGCGCCGCGACCACCCCGACCACCCUGCAGAACAUCAACAACAACAACGUGGACCCGCCCAGCUGGCAGUGCAGCCACCCCACACUGAGAGAGAGGAAUGCCUUGAUGUUUAACAACGAGCUGAUGGCCGACGUCCACUUCAUGGUCGGCCCCUCGGGGGGAUCGCAGAGGGUCCCGGCGCACAAGUACGUGCUGGCCGUGGGAAGCUCCGUCUUCUGUGCCAUGUUUUACGGCGAUCUGGCGGAGGAGGACUCCGAGAUCCAUAUCCCAGAUGUGGAACCUGCUGCUUUUCUAAUUCUGCUGAAGUACAUGUACAGCGACGAGAUCGACCUGGAGGCGGACACGGUGCUGGCCACCCUGUACGCUGCCAAGAAGUACAUCGUCCCAGCGCUGGCCAAGGCCUGCGUCACCUUCCUGGAGACAAGUCUGGAGGCGAAGAACGCCUGCGUGCUGCUCUCGCAGAGCCGCCUGUUCGAGGAGCCCGAGCUGACGCAGCGCUGCUGGGAGGUGAUCGACGCGCAGGCCGAGCUCGCCCUGUGCUCCGAGGGCUUCUGCGAGAUCGACGUGCAGACGCUGGAGAUCAUACUGCGCCGGGAGACGCUCAACACCAAGGAGGUGGUGGUGUUCGAGGCCGUCAUGAACUGGGCCGCGGCCGAGUGCUCGAGACAAGGGCUGGGGCCGACCACCCGCAACAGGAGGGACGUCCUGGGCAAGGCGCUGUUUCUGGUGCGCAUCCCCACCAUGAGCCUGGAGGAGUUUGCCGACGGCGCGGCGCAAUGCGACAUCCUGACGCUGGAAGAGACGCACAACAUGUUCCUGUGGUACACCGCGGCCAAAAAGCCCAUGCUGGACUUUCCCCUGACCACGAGGACGGGCCUGGCACCGCAGAAGUGCCACCGCUUCCAGUCGUCCGCCUACCGGAGCAACCAGUGGCGCUACCGCGGCCGCUGCGACAGCAUUCAGUUCGCGGUGGACAAGCGGAUCUUUAUCGCCGGCCUUGGACUGUACGGCUCGAGCGGCGCCAAAGCGGAGUACAGCGUCAAAAUCGAACUCAAGCGGCAGGGGGCGACCCUGGCGCAGAACCUGACAAAGUUCACGUCUGACGGCUCGAGCAGCACGUUUGCCGUGUGGUUCGAGCAUCCGGUGCAGGUGGAGCAGGACGCCUUCUACACGGUGAGCGCCGUGCUGGACGGCAACGAGCUGAGCUACUUCGGCCAGGAGGGCAUGACGGAGGUGCAGUGCGGGAAGGUGACAUUUCAGUUCCAGUGCUCCUCCGACAGCACCAACGGGACGGGGGUCCAGGGAGGACAGAUCCCAGAGCUCGUGUUCUACUCGUGAGCUGCUCUGGACCGUCGCCGCUCAGCCUUUUAACGUAAUGUAGCAUUAAAGAGACACUUGAGUAAUGUCACACUAAAAUGGCCUGGUCAGUUGAUUAAGAGACUUAUUUUUUUGAAAAAAGAAGCAAAGGAGCUGUUUGUUUUAAUCUUUAUUUAAUUUAAUGUUAUUUUUUUAUUUAAAAUACUGGGUUAACGUUAUUUUUGCCUGAGUUUGUAAAAGUCUGCGGCUGCUGUAGAAAACAACAUUAAUACAGUUGAUUUUGUGGUUAUGUAAUUGUCAAGCUGAGCUCCGCAACUGGAACGACUGAGGACUACGAUGUUGUCCAACGCAGCAAUAUGACAACAAGGAGCAAACUUUUACGUAGUGAUAUGAUUCUAAAAAAGUAGAAAUCUGGUGGAGUUGUUUUUGCACUUCAGACGACGGCCUCAGAAACGUUGUGUCUUUUGUAAAAAAAAAAAAAAAUCUAUAUAAUCUAGCUGUUGACAGCUCGAUGCUGUUGGGAAGACCAGAUGUGUUCUGUACGAGGAUGCCUAUACACCUGAUGAUAAACAUAAAGGUUAUAAUGUGA